GUCUGCUUGAAUUUGGACGGUAAUUAAAAGUUUCUCGCACCAUAGUAUUUCUCCCCCAUCAUCUCUUUACCUUUCUUCUCUCUCCUCCCUAGCCUUCUUACUCGACGAUUUCUCUAAUCUGCUCUCGAGUUCUGGUAUUCGAUGGCAUCCAAGCUUCGUCAGUUGCAGUCCAAGGCUUGUCAGGCUACUCAGUUCCUCUCCAAGCAUGGUGAAGUUUAUUACAAACAGAUGAUAGAACAGAACAAGGAACACAUUCAAGAGCCUGCAACUGUUGAGACUUGCAAUCGAUUAGCAAAACAGUUGUUUUACACUCGUUUUGCCAGCUUACCUGGUCGUCGUGAGGCAUUCUGGAAAGAAGUCGAGCAAGUUAAGCAGGUAUGGAAGAACAGGAAGGACGUGAAAGUUGAAGAAGUUGGAAUUGCAACUUUGUUUGGGCUCGAAUGCUUUGCAUGGUUUUGUGCAGGUGAAAUAGUAGGACGCGGAUUUACCUUCACCGGCUAUAAAGUCUAACUUUGACUUCCACAUCAAUGUGACUCGCCAUUGAGACAAUUUGGCUUCUUUCCAUUCUCUUUGUCCCCAAAUACUUGGUUGAGUUUAAGUUUUUUUUUUUUUUUGAAAAAUAGUAGACACAAUGAGGAUUUUUGACAUCAAUCAAAGGAAUGAAGUUUAGUUCCAUUGAAAUAUCUCUCUAGUCUCUAUUUAAGAAGAUACAUAAAUAAAAGGCAAAUUUCAUACUCUGAUAUUUUGGCUGUUGAUUGCUGGUGUUAGCGAAAAACAAUGUAUUUGACUUUGAAUGGAUUGAUAGUGAAUAACUCUUUUCUUCAGGUC